AUGUACGAAAGAUCUUCUGGAAAUAUAGCACGUAUGAUUGCCGAAUUAGCAAUUCUUUCACCUAAUAACAAUGUCGCAGAAAUUCCAGGCGGAGCCCAAGCUAAGGUUAUCUCUUUAUUACUUUUUUCAUUGUCUGGAGGGGCCAGGAAGCCGGGUGUUAGCUAUGCUAGCGCCACUAAGCGCAUUAGACUGCCAGUUCUGCCGAAGGCUUUCCCUGAGAGUACACUCACUCGUGAGGAUCAGGGAAAGAUUGAGGACGCCAUUGUGGAGGAGAUGGGUAAGGGUUGGAGGUCAAUACUCCAAUUCGACGGCAUCUUCUUUCGUCCAGGCCUUAUACUGGUCGACUGUUUGGAUGCAGAAUCAGCCGAAUGGUUGCGCGAAAUUGUCCCAAAACUGCCUGACUGUGAUGGUGCGGAACUGACUACGUGCGAUGGGGACAACAUACCCAGGGUGCACGUAAUCACUACGUACCUACCAAAAGCUGCAGGAGUGGACACGCAGAAACUGCUGAACCUCAUUAUAGCACAAAAUGAGGGAAUGCAUACCGACCUAUGGAAGGUUUAUAGGAGCAAUGAUGAGAAGACAGGCAAACUGCUAACGAUCGGGAUUGACGACCGGUCGUUGGACGCUAUCAAAAAGAAAAACUGCAUCCUACGAUACAGGUUUGGUAGUGUUCCAGUGCAUGUUGCCAAGGGCAGGGAACCGAAGGCGAAGAUAGUCAAGCCAGGUACUCCACCGGGUGGUUCGGAAUUACCGAAGGAGGUGGCUGAGAUGGUAGCCGUGGAAGCAGCUAGGAACGCGGUAGUAGAGGAAGUCAGUCUUUUACCUCAUGAGAUGGAGGGUAUAGACGACUUCGACCUCGGGCUACUGACCAUUUGUGCUGAUGACGACUCGGAGAGAGCCACCUUGUCAGAGUUUGACGAAACUCUGACAACGGACGAAGACGAUGAACGCCAAUAA